UCAUCAUAUCUCAUUGUCCCUUUCCAACAUGGCGGCCUCUGGCUGCGUCUUCCACCGAACCCUAACCCGGGUCAGAACCGGAGCCCGCCAUCAUAAAAGAAACCAGGUGUCCUCUUCCUCUGCGGUCUGUAGGGAGUCAGUGUGGGUGGUGGACGUGCAUCGUUACACCAGAGAUGAGGGUUCGUCUGUCUACUUCCCCCAGUCUGUCAUCAACGGUGAUGACCUUUAUGACCUGGUGUUGUCUGACGGUGACUGUCGUCUUCAGGUGACUCUGGAUCCCGUUCUGAACCGGCUGGUUGAACAGAACCUUCUCAGACGUGGAUCCAUGCUGCGAAAUGUGACCUUUGCUCUCACCAUGGCUGCUCAGCCCCCAGUGUGCCCUGUGGCAUCCAGAGAUACAGACAGCUACAAACUGCUCACUGCUGAGGUCAGUGCUUCGGACGAGGGUGGAGGCAGGAGGACUGUGGACUGGUCAGAUUUGCCUUGGUUCAGAUCUUCACAAACUACAGGUCAUGUGGUUCCUCUGAGAGCCAACCGCAACCUGUUCCUGCCUCUGUGGAACAACGUGGACUACAGCGGAGAAGAUUGGAGAAAAGCUCCACCUACUGAUGAGGAAGAAGAGGAGGAAGAGGAGGAGGACAGCGAGGAAGCUCUUUGUCCUGACGUGACAGUGUCCGAGCUGCGUGACGCCUUCUUGUCAGGUCAGCGGGCUGUAGUCAGGGCCACCGUCUGCCGUCGCCUCAUCAUACGCAUCCUCAGCAAGUCACACCUGAUGUAUUAUGGGAAAGCAGACCACAACCGCCUGUAUCCAUAUAUGGCAUUAUUAGAGACGUGUGACCAGACUGGAAGUGUGUGUCUGGUGCUCUGGGCUAGUGUGUGUGUCAACUGGUAUUGUUGUCUGAAGCCGGGUGAUGUCAUCAGUCUGAGACACUACAGAGUCAAAGGAAAAUACCAGGCAGAGCUGGAGGACAUUGAAAUCAGUGUCAACAGCAGGAACCCCGCAGCUCGCAUUUCUAUCCUCCCAGAGUCCUCAGUUUCUCCUGGUUACCUCCCACCUGCUCCCACCUACAGCUUCCACAACAGUCAGGAGCUCAUGGACUGUCCUAACGCCACUGUAUGUGAUGUCAUUGGUCUGCUGACCUUUUCCGGCCGACCAGAGCGAAUAAGGAGCAGGGAAAGUCGAGGGGCGGGGCUUAUGGAGUAUCGCUGGCUGAGACUGGAGGAUGGGGCCAGCCAUCGACCAAUCAUGGUGAAGCUCUUCUGCACAUCUCAACCUGAAACUCACCGCCACCUUUAUCCACUGUCUGUGGUCGUUUGUACCAGACUAAAGGUUGUGAAAGCUGCAGGUGAAGCUCACGGCAGAUUCUUCCUCACAAACACCACCUUCACUCAGGUUUACUGCACAGGCUGUGGGGACCACACACAGAUGGGAUACCGUAAGCUCCACCCAGUACGAUGCUUCCUGCAGUGGCUGAGGUUACAGAAGGAUGAACCUGUACUGAGCAGAGCUCUGAUUGGAGGAUUUUUUGUGUAUCCACCCCCGCCUGUGUCUUUGAACAUGUACAUGAAAGAAUGCAGAGGAAAACCUGGUUUCCUACAGGGUGCAGAGAUUCAACGGGACCUGCUGCAGCUCCUGUACAGGGAGAGGCGUAGCUUCUGUGUCCAAGCGAGGGUGACGAUGGUGGCGUUCAGUCGUAGAGGAGAGGAGGAUCAGUCUUUGCUGUGGAUGGACACAUCUUCACCUGACUCCCCCUCCUCCUCCUUGUCCUCACCUUCAGUCUAUAGACACUCCUCUCAUGCUCCACCCUGUCCAGCCCUCUCCUCCAGUUCCACACAAUUUGUCCCUCUUUUCAUCUCCACCCCUCAUCCCUCCAGACCUCCUGUCUCUCCCUCAUCCUCCUCGCACAAUUCUCCAUCGUGCUCGUGCUCUAGUGUCGUUCGCCUGACUACACCUCCUGUGGACCACAGAGCAAGCAGAAGCAGGAAGAGGAGGCUGUUGUUUCAGACUGAGACACCAAAGAAGAGAUGUCCUCUGGCCACCGUACAACCAGAACAAUGCAAUGAGACAGUGGUCCUGUUUGAAGCAUCCAUGGAAUUUUUAGAAAACACUGAUAAUGAAGAUGCUGACGAUGAGGAGGAUUGUGAUGAAACUGCGUCCUUCAUCACCGCUCCACUUCCCCCAACUAUUUCUCCUGUUGCCACGGAAACACUGCCAAUGUGUUAUAACCCCACCCAAAGAGAAAAGCAAGCUGAAGUUGUGGGAAUGGGGGGGUGGGCGGAGCCUAUGAGGUUUGACUCCCCCAUCAAGGAUUGUUAUACUUUGAAACUCAAAGUACUCUCUGAUGGUGUCACGGUGGACGCCAUCUUCCUUCCACUUUCUUUGUCCUCCCCCUGUUGUCAGCCCCUCCCCAAUCACGACAAUUCCUGGACCUCCAUCUUAUCACACGGAGCCUUCUCGUCGCAUCAGCCUCCACCUUCACCAGCUGACCUUAUCAACAUGGCGGCCCAGCUGAGUAAUCAGAGGCUGGUGUGUGUCCUGGAGGCGUGUCGACUGAGAGGUGGAAACAUAGAAGUCAUCCUGAGCCGAGCGUUUCAGCUUCCUCAGUAACACCCCUUGAGAGGAAGAGGAAGUGUAUUUAUCUUUCUAACAAUUAGGAUGAGUAUUUUAAUGUUUUGCAAUAGGUUUUGCACUUUUCUGAGCACUUUAUUUUUAUAUAUGUUUACAAAUACAUACAUACACACUUUAGCAUGUGUAUCAGUUAAUAGGUUGUUGUGCAUUUUUUUAAACCAGGUUAACCUGUUUUCUCUACCCCUGCACCUUGGGAUCCAGAACAAUAUUUUUGUUUCCACUGACUAGGUCAAGCCACAGUGUCGGCCAUCUUUGUUUCCUCUAUGUUUGUUUUCAGGUUUUGUAGCAUCCUGUCUCAGUGGGGUCUGUGUCACUUCAAUGAUGUAACAGUCUGAUAAAAUGAGCGCUGAGCGUUCAGACUGAGCUCUUUUCAAAAACAUCAGAUAUUGAUCACAUUUAGGAAAGUGUCUAUCUGACCAUUUGAACUUCCUCCAUCUUUACUCUUGUGUGGGAGGUUGAGUCACAAACAUUAGCAUUUGUUGUAAUGUUAACCAAGAUUGGAUGACAAGGUCAGCACAUUCUUAUGGUGUCAUGUUCUUAGAAUAUAAAGUAUCAGCAUAGUUUUCGUGAGUGACAAAUACUUUUUUUGUUACAUUCUUUGAUGUUUAUGUAAAAAAUUUUGCAAAAGGUGAAAUAAUGUUUUCUCCAUCUUUAUUUGCACAAAUGCUGGUGCCAAUAAAGCUUUCUGUUUUUUCUAUCUGUUUAAAAGGCAAAGGGAAAAAAGUGGUUAUUAGAUUACAAAAACCAAUAUUCAGUCUUGAAUAUGUAAAUUUAUUUGAUUUGACAUCAAAGUUUAAACUGUGUUUUGUUGAAGUUAAUAAACUUUUACUUGUA